AUGUCGAAUACAAAGAAUGCUGAAGCUGGCCCAUCACGGUCCAAGCUCGCCGCUUCCUUCGGCGCCGACAUAACACAAACCAGAGCAGGCAGCACCGAUGUGGCAAACAGCGCAGGCGAUGGUGAAGGGGCUUCCCAAGCCGUUGCCUCUACCUCCGCUGUCCUCAACUCGACUCUAUCAUUCUUCCCCACACCAGCGCUCGACCAUGCAUUUGGAGGCAUUGCAGCAGGCGCAGUAGCCACUAUUUGCAUGAACCCUCUCGAUCUCAUUAAGACCAAAUACCAAGUCGACACUUCCAAACCACGUCCGCUCAGUUUCCGACAACGAGCUGCCGCAUUAGCCUCUGAUGCUGCAUCCACAUCCAUCGCUGACAUCAAAGGCAAAGCUCGAGCUGUAGAUGUUGCUUCCUCCACUGCUGGCACUCUUCGCAACACAUCCGCUCGUCAUGGCUGGAAGUACUACGCUAUGGGUGGCAGAAUCGGAAACGACAUGAUCGGCACUCUUAGCGACAUUGUCAAAGCUGAUGGCUGGAAGGGGCUGUAUCGAGGUCUCAGUCCAAAUGUUGCUGGAAACUCGGCUUCGUGGGGACUGUACUUUUUGUGGUACACCAUGAUCAAAGAACGCAUGUCAGCAAGCGAUAGCAAUCAAGACCCAAUAACAGGUGAACCGAAGAAGCUUUCUGCCGGACAACAUCUCCUCGCUGCAUCAGAAAGUGGAGCAAUCACCGCACUCAUGACGAACCCGAUUUGGGUGGUCAAAACUCGAAUGUUCACCACUCCGCGUUCACUCGCAACGACAGCAGCAACAGGCGCAGGAGGGCCUCCACCAGAAGUAUACCGCGGGUUGUGGCAUGGUUUGGUCUCCAUCUACCGCACCGAAGGCGUCCGAGGGCUGUACAAAGGUGCCGGUUUGGCCUUGUUCGGCGUCUCGAAUGGUGCUAUACAGUUUAUGACCUAUGAAGAGCUCAAAAAGUGGCGAACGACCAUUGCUUCACGCAAACUCGCACGUUCUGCUUCGGAUGCACCAAUGGACACAUCGAUGAUCAAGCUCUCCAACGCAGAGUACGUCAUCAUGUCGGGUGUUUCGAAAGUAGCUGCUAUUCUGUUGACCUAUCCGUACCAAGUGGUUCGGUCGAGGAUUCAGAACCAUGCAACGUCGCAUAUCUAUCCCAAUAUUAGCACGUGUAUCAGGUUGACAUAUACACAGGAGGGUUUGAGGGCUUUCUAUAAGGGCCUGGUGCCAAAUUUGGUCAGGAUCUUGCCAGGGACAUGUGUGACGUUCGUAGUGUACGAGAACGUUUCGUGGGCGUUGAAGGGUUUAGCUAGAAGGCGGGUGCAAAAAGAACAGCAGCAGGCAAUAGAAACGAACACCUCAGCAUAG